GUGAUGAAAAUGGGUUCAAAAUCUUCUUCAAAGAAGAGAAAAAACGGUCCUCCCAAAUAUAUGGAGAAAAUGUUGUUUAUAAACCAUAAAGAGGAUCAACAACUUCAAUAUAGAUUGGAACAACUUCAUUUGAAAUCACGUGACCGAGAAAUUGAAAUGGAUCUCGCAAAGAACCGUGUCGAGAAAGAAUGGAAACAAAAUAGCAAGAAGCAGAUAACAAUAAGCGAGUUAAAUAAUGCAAUGGGAAAAUAUAACCGAAAUGGAUUUAUACCGGACACAGCGACAAGAGCACGUGCCAGAAGAACGUCUGCUAAAAUGGCACAAGAUUUAUCAGUAAACGAUUAUCUUAUCGAGGAACAUCGAAAACUAUCAUCUGUCAUUCCUGAGAUUUUGACUUCUUUGACUAUUCCAAAAAAUCAAAAUUCAAAACAGUUAGUACCAGAUACUCCUCUCCUUCAGCAAGGUCAUGUGACAGAUUUAGAUGUUAACAAAAUUGUCAAGAUGACACACGCAGUCAAAAUACUGCGAAAAAAUAUAUCGACGAGAAUGAAAGCAAAUGAACACCAACCUCCGCUUACUGUGGUUCUUAGACCUUCAAGACAUGACGGAGAUCUUAAUGUUUAUACAAACGGUGCAUGUGCACUAAUGAAACGUAAAAUUGACAGAAAACGGAAAGAGUCAAAUGCGAAUUAUGAACUGCCGCCAUCUAUGCAGAGGAAACUUGCUACUCUGGAAAAGCAAAUGUCCGACCCCCGUCGUCAAUCGGUAAUUGCCAGUAUUCCUGACGUAUCAAAAUUGAAGAGCCAACAAAAAAGACAUUCAGUAUGCGUUCCUGCCAUGCAAAGGGCACAGAGCAUAGCAGCACUGCCACCUAUUCCGACAACACCUGGAAUGUUAAGAAGUCUCACGAAUGUUUCAAUGAACAGUGCAUUAGAUCAUCGUAGAAAAAAUUCAACAGAGGGAAAUUCGCAGACUAUUGACGAAGACGAACUUAGAUCUAGACAAAAAAUAGCCAUGGAAAUGGAAAGAUAUGAUGCUGUCAGAAAUAAGAUAACAAAUUUCCUAGACAAUAAGAUAAGAGAGAUUGACUCUAACAUGUAUAUAGAUGCUAGAUGAUUGUUAUUUUUCAUUAA